AUGAAUGCCAAACCAACUUCAGAAGAAACCUUAAAAAACCGUCAGAAGAAAGAACAAUGUGUUCAAUUAUUAACCACAUAUAUUAAUAAUAUCAUAGAUCAUCUAUCAAUGAUCAGUAACAGGAUGUCAAACGUGAUACGGUAUGAAAUGUCUUUAAUUAUUAAAGCUCUUGGCACUCCUGGUAUAAAAGCUGCUCUCAAAAGGCAUCUCAAAAGUAUGCUCGAAAAUGGUGCCCAUCUAUUCAACGUCGAGAAUCUUGGCUUGCGACGCCUUCCCAAUGUAUUUCAUGUCCAAGGAGAAAGGCAAUAUGAAGGACAUUACUUCCUCAUUAAUUUCAAUGCGCCACAUGAUUCACUUAAUCAGAUAAGGAAAAUGGCGAGGAAAGACUCAGAUAUCAUCAAGUGUUUCGCUGCUCUUAAAGAUGAUGGAUGGGUCCCACCAUGUUCAUUGCCAAAUGCAAAUAAUUGCGAAUUUGGCGAAAUCAGAAAUCCGAAUUACGAAAAGACGGCUAGACGAAGACAUGGUUACCGAAUGUAUUAA